GCGGUUUCCGAGGCUAUUUUCGUCACUCCCCGGAACGGAGUUAAAGACAGCGCAUGGGACCAGGCGGCGGAAAGCGGCCACCGGCGCGGCGAGGCCCGAGACCGAGAGCAUCGCAACGCGCAGCAGGCCCCCACACCCCGGGGGGCGGGGCACGCAAGAACGAACCAAACCAACCCACACCCACGGCACCAACACCACCCGAAGCUGAUUGACGCUGAGCGCAGCCAAAUCCAGCCAGCGAUAGGAAUAUCGCCAAGAAUUCUACCGUCUGCGUCUGCCCGUCUUCCUCUCUCUCUCUCUCUCCUCUCCCUCAUUCUGGAUCCACCGCCGCAGCCUUAGCUGGGUCCGUCGCUGUCGCUCCGCCUCCCGCUCGCUUGCCGGGCCCGACACGCCCGCCACCGCCUCCGCUUUGUCUCUCCGGCGAUCCGACGCCCCACCCGGCGUCUGUGCAGAGCAGUCGUGAGGAGUUCUCUGUUGUGGGCUGCCCGGCGAUGGACCGGGGCGAGCGUCUCGGCCGCGCGCUGGACGCCUUCGGGGGCAACCUGUGGGCGCUGGUUGACGCAGCGCUGGACGCGGCCGCUCGCGACCGCCCCGACGAGCUUCGCGCGCGCCGCGAUAGCAUCGUCGAGCGCCUCUACGCUGCCGCCGCGGGCUGUAGCAACUGCGCCGGGCGUCCGCCGUCUGUUGCCGCUUUAGCGGCCGCGGGGCUGGAGGAAGAGGACGGCGAGGAGGCGGCUCCGGCUUCUCCGUGGGCGGAGGCUGACGCGCAAGCCGGUGGCGCGGAGGCACAGACCGAGGUGCUCGGCGCCGGCGAGCCUGAUCUCGAGAGCAAGAUCGUGGCCAUCAGGGACUUCUUGGAGGACCCUAAUCAGCCCGAGAACGAGCUGGUGAGCUUGCUGCAGAACCUGGCAGACAUGGAUGUUACCUACAACGCACUCCAGGAGACUGACAUCGGGCGGCAGGUUAAUGGUCUGCGCAAGCAUCCUUCGGCCGAGGUCAGGCGGCUGGUGAAGCAGCUCAUCAGGAAGUGGAAGGAGAUAGUGGACGACUGGGUGCGCCUGGACAAUUCCGGCGGUGACGGCAGUGCCUCUGUUAUGACUGAUGGUGACUCCCCACAUAAAAUCCAAGGCAGAAGCCACCAAAGCCCUCGGGUUUCGGGGUUUCAGUAUUCUCCAAGCCCACAGAGGUUUAAUGGUUCAACUUCAGAGAUGGCUAACAAUGGGUUUGAGUCAACAAUGGAUGCGAAGCGUAGGGCCAGCCCUGUACCAGCACAUCAUAACUCCAGGCAGAUGAACAACAAUCAUCAUUCUACUACUAUUACCACCAGCACGUCAUCUGCUCCAGCUUUCUCGGUGCAGAAAGUGACAAGGGAGCAAAAGCAGAGUCUUGUGGACCUUGACAGGCUUGAUUCUGCCAGGAAGAGGCUCCAGGAGAAUUACCAAGAAGCACAAAAUGCCAAAAAGCAGAGGACAAUCCAAGUGAUGGACAUCAAUGACAUACCAAAGCCGAAGAGCAGAAACGCUUUCAUCCGCAAGAGCGGCAGCGGUGGGCUCCCGGCGAGGCACCGAUAGCCUAACCUCCUUCGUCGGCUGGAUAUCUGCGACACUUGCGAAGUUGUGCCCUAGAACCGCAACGGGAAAGAAAAAGAAGCAAACGGUUUCUUGUUCUUUUUUUCCCUGUACCUUGACUGCCUAGGUUUACCUCCAGUGUAAUAUUGUCAGGUACAUAAGGGUGAAAUGAUAUGAUGUUUCUCGAGGAAAAAGAAAGAAAUUAGUCACUGUUUUUGCUAUGGUUUGGUUGCUGUUAUUGCUGUUGGUCAGUGCUGGAUAUAAUAUGCAUAAAAUGUGUGCAGGCUUGAUA